AUGAAAAUUGUGGCUUCUACCCGUUUGAACAAGGCCCAGAGAGCUAUGGAUGCUUCAAGGGUUUUUCACAAAUCUGAUUCUGACUUUUUUGCAAAUGCUGAACCAGAGAAGCCUGAAACUGACAAAACAUUAUUGAUUGUCGUCUCAUCUGACAAAGGUUUAUGUGGGUCCAUUCACACUCAAAUUUCUAAAGCAGCCAGAAAGAGGGCAGCUGAAUUAAACGGUGCUGUAGACAUUGUAACUAUUGGUGAAAAGGUUAAGGCUCAAUUGUCAAGAACUCAUGCAGACAAGCUCAAGUUGGCAUUCAAUGGUAUUGGUAAGGAGGCACCGAAUUUUUUUGAGGUCUCGUUGAUUGCCGAUGAAAUUCAAAAAUUAGGAAAGUAUGAAAACACUGAAAUAUUAUAUAAUAAAUUUGUAUCUGGUGUUUCCUUUGAACCUUCGGAAUUCUCCGUUUUUGCAUCUGAUGCAAUUGAGAAAGCACCGGGUCUCUCUAAGUAUGAAUUAGAGUCCGAGGGCUUGCCAGACACCUUGUCAGAGUUUUCCUUGUCCAAUUCUCUUCUUACAGCAAUGGCAGAAGGAUAUGCUUCAGAGAUUUCUGCUAGAAGGAAUGCGAUGGAUAAUGCAUCGAAGAAUGCUGGUGAUAUGAUUAAUUCCUACUCCAUUUUAUAUAACAGAACUAGACAAGCCGUCAUUACUAACGAAUUGGUUGAUAUUAUUACAGGUGCAUCAUCUUUGGAUUGA